AUGGGGUGGAUUUUGCGUGAUCAUGAUGGCCGGUUCUUAGCGGCUAAAGGGGUAUCCAUUCCGGAAAGAUAUACGGUGGAAGUAGCUGGGGCUGUGUGCAUCCGUGAGGCUCUUAAUUGGUUAAAGGGAACGGGUAUGGGAGAUGUGAUUAUUGAAACAGAUUCGCAGCUUGUUUAUUUUGCUUUACGUUCGGACGAUUUUAAUUCUUCUUUUGGUUUUAUUAUUGCUGAUGUUAAAGAAGUGGCUUCCACUAUUGAUGGAGUUGACUUCUAUUUUGCUAAGCGAUCUGCGAAUCGUGCUGUCCACACUGUUGGUCGGGAAGUCGUUUCGAUGUCAGGUUGCGGGGAUGGCUUGAUGUCCCUCCUCCCUUUCUUAUUCACUAAGAUGAUAUUCUUGGACACUGCUGAAGGAGUGGCUUCUACAUUUAGACCAUAUUGGAUGGAAGCAACCUGGGAAUAUGCUUCUGUUAUAGCAUCUGAUUAA